CUAAUUCCUUGGCGGUUAUAAUGGAUAAUGUCUCAAUCCUAACAUUAUAUUAUUAUUACAACAAUAUACAAUACAUCUAUAUAUAAGAAUCUUGAUGAAAGAAGUCACAACUGAUGCGCAUGCACUUAAAGAGCUCGCCAUCCAUUAAUGGAGAUAAAGCACCUUUCUUCCACUGCCAACCACGUCGUCCGCCAAUGCGCCCGGACGCUAGAUAUAUCUGUGGAGGAACUAGUGGAUGAGUUCGAGAUUGGAUGGGAAGCGGACGAGAAAGGAUACUCAAGGAAGUUGGUGGAGUUUUCAUGUUCAAAGGUUCUGGCCAGGAUGUUCAGUGAUCCACAUGGUGCUGUUCUUGGUGCUUUCUUCAGCCGCUUCACCUUUGAUAUGAUGCUUGCUUGGGAGAUGCCUACCUCUGCAGAUGAACAAUCAUAUAACGAGUGUGCAGGAAAAGAAAAGGAAGAUCACAAAGAAGUGGCGAUAAAAUCCACUGAUCAACAACAAGAUGACAUCCCUUUGUUCUAUUCAGAUAUCAUGCCACUCCUUGUUGAUAAUGAGCAAAAUGUUGGGGAAGGUGGAUUUGUGUGGAUGGCAUCGCUUGUACCAGUGAUAGCUGAUGUUGUUAAUGCACAAUUCACUUUUGAGACUCUUACUGCUACUUCUGCCAGUAGACUCCACUAUCCUGCAUAUAAUAUGUUCUUGAACCAGAUUGACAAAUGCAUAAGGCAUUUGCAGAAGCAGUCCACACCAACAGGGGUUGAACUGGGAGAUGAUGAGUUUAUACUACACGUGGAAGGAACUGCAACCACGCAACGAGUAGUGCGCCAUAUUGGAGGCACAAGUUGGCCCGGUAGGUUGACCUUAACAAACUAUGCUCUCUACUUUGAGGCAUCUGGGGUCCUGUCUUACGAGGAUGCUCUUAGGCUUGACCUUUCGAAGGACGUUGAGCAGACCGUAAAACCAGAUGCCACGGGUCCAUGGGGUUCCCCCAUUUUCGAUAAGGCUAUAGUGUUUGAAUCUUCUGAACUGCAAGAGAGUGUUGUCCUAGAGUUUCCGGAAAUGGCAAGCGCCACGAGACGUGACCACUGGCUGGCUCUUUCCAGGGAGGUCAUGCUGUUGCAUAGAUUCUUACGGGAUUUCGAGGUCAGAUCACCAAUAGAAUCGUGGGAAAUGCACGCGAGGACAAUACUAGGAAUCGUAAGGCUUCAUGCCGCUAGGGAAAUGCUUAGGAUUUCGCCCCCUGCUCCCAAGGGCUUCUUAAUCUUCGAGUUGCUAGACGAGUUGCCAAAAGGGGAUUAUGUACUCGAAGAGCUUGCUGAUAGUUUGAAGAGGGCCGACGUUGUGCAUCUGUGUAGUGCAAGCUCAAUCUUGAGGAGCUUGAACGUCUCCCAAUUGUCCAUGCCAUCUACUGAAGUAAAGGAAAUCAGCCCCGAUGGCAACCCUGCAGUAGCUCAAGCUAAAAACGCGUCGUCCCUGGAGAACGCCAUUGAUCAAGCAAGGAAGCAAGACAACGAAAUAAACGUGGCUCAAGCUACAGUGGAAGAAGUGAGGGAAGAAGGGAUUGCCAACAACAUUCAGGUUCUUAUGGGUCUCCUCAAGCCAUUUGGAGGAUUAAUGCCUCAUUUCCUAGAGAUUUUGACAUGGGAAAGGCCACUAACCACUUCCAUUGUUCUCCUCAUAACUCUUCUAGUCAUCUACAAGGAGUGGGUUGGCAAGGCCAUUGCAGCCUUGUUAUUGUGGAUGGUUGCUACAAUGCUGAGGGCCAGACAAUUAGGGAUAGCGAAUACAUACAACAAGAUAGUUAUCUUCACCGGAUCUGAUAAAACCGCUGUGGAAAACAUAGUGUCAGCUCAACAGGGGCUAAGAACUGCAUAUGACAUAAUCCAACGCUUGAAUGUCACAAUUCUCAAACUUUGGUCACUAUUUAUCUCUAAAGCCCCCAAGCAUUCGAAGAUGGUGAUGGCGGGUAUGAUCGUUGUUGCAGUUGUGGUGGCAGUGAUUCCAUUCAAGUUUAUCCUCAUGGGGGCUGUAGUGUCUGGGUUUCUAUCAUCCUCAAAGAAGGGAAAGGGGAAGCAGAAUCAGAAGGAGGGGGGAAACAGGCGGGUCAAAGAGUGGUGGGAUUCUAUCCCAGUUUCAGUUGUGGAAGCCGUGGAUGAGAUUGCGGUCCAAAGUGUAGCCUUGAAAGCAGAUUGACGAUGCAUAUAUAUAUGGCAGUUAGUUUCGUAAACUCCAUUGUUGUUGGGCCUCGUUUUUCUUAACUAGUUAUGUACGUCUGUCGCAGAGGA